UUUCAAGAAUAAUUUGUGUACAGAUAGAGAGCUUGUUCAAAAAUUGUCUUUAAAAUGAGACCGUGUUCAUAAAAAUUGGUUGAGAAUUACGUUUGUUCUAUUUGAUGGCGUAAACCAUUAGAAAACCAGUGGUAGUGAACAGAUUUAAUAUUUUGUCUUUAAGAUUAUUUAUCACAAUUUUAUAAUGGUUUACGUCGACAGUGAUUAUAGACGUAAAUCUUGAACGAUUUUGUUGAAGAAGAUGAUUUAAGCUAAGACAUGAUUUUUUCGAAAUAUUGAAAAAGCUUUAUAUUAUUUGAAUAAUAUUGCAUCAGAAAAUGGUAUUUUUUUCGAGAAUAGUAUGCAUAAAAAAAAGGUAUUUUCAAAAAUCCGGAAAAGUCAUGUUCUCGUUUAAACCUUCAUCUUUAAAAAGAAACCACGUUCAUCAGUAGCGUUCAAGAAUUAAAUAUGGACUCGCUGUUGGUGUAAAUAGCUGCUUUCGACAUUUUUUCGUAAAAAAUUAUUGGUUACAUAUAGUGGCGGUCUUCUAAUUUUAUGACAGAAGUGAAAAAGCUACUAUGACUAUUAGAUUUUUAUAUAAACUUUUAAAUGCUGUGCAUUCUAUUUCUACGAAGUAUACGAUUGCUUUCUUGUUUAUGUGCUUAACGAUUCUGAGAUUUUCUAAUCCACUCCAAACUCAAGAAAUUCAUAUUGUGUCCAUACCUGUCGCUGAAGUCACACGCUUCGAGCGAUAAGUAAUAAACAGCCUUAAUUUAUAAUUAUAAACAUAUAUAUAUAUAUAUAUAUAUUUUUACAUAUACAUAUAUGUAUGCAUGUAUGUAUGUAUAUAUAAAUAACAAUACUUGUAUUUAAAUCAAAUAAACAUAAUGAAUAUAGUAUCGUGCACCACGUGGGUUAAGAGAGGUAUUGCUGCAACUCUUCCUGAAAAGGUUGAACUGACAUCAAAAGAAUUAGAAGAAAUUAUAAAACAAACCCAGUUUGAUUUGCAGAAUGAUGAUUCGGAUAAAGAAGAAGAAGAAGAAGAAGAAGCAAUUGGAGAUGAAGCUGAUUCGGAGAAAAAUAAAGUUAAAAAGAACUAUGAUGUAAAUAAUAGUUCCAUGGAAACCGAUGAAUAUGAUUUUGAUAAAUAUGAUAAAGAGAGCGGUGAUAUACAUUGUAAUAUCGGAAAUAUAGUAUCUUUUGGGGAGGACGGUAAAGAUCCUCUUAUAACAUCAGCAGAGAUUGAUGAUGAUUCAGAAAAAGAAGAUGACAUGAUUAAAGGCGAUGAUAAUUUAGUUUUGCUAGGACACGUUGAUGGUGAUGCCAGUAUAUUGGAAAUAUUUGUAUAUAAUGCAGCAGAAGGUUCUUUUUAUUGUCAUCAUGAUAUAUUGUUACCAUCAUUUCCAUUAUGUAUCGAAUGGCUUAAUUUUGAUCCAAGUGAUACAAUGCCAGCCAAUUUAUGUGCAAUCGGAAGUAUGACUCCAAUAAUCGAAGUUUGGGAUCUUGACCUAAUUGAUUGUUUAGAACCAGUUUUUAAACUUGGACGUAAACCAAGUAAAAAAAAAAAAUUGACCCGUAUCGGUCAUAAAGAUGCAGUAUUAGAUUUGGCAUGGAAUAAAAAUUAUACACAUAUAUUGGCAAGUGGUUCAGUUGAUCAAACUGUUUUAUUGUGGGAUUUAGAAAAUGGCAAACCUGCUACCAAAUUAGAUCCUUUCAAUGAAAAAGUUCAGAGUCUUGAAUGGCAUCCAUUAGAAACUCAUCAUCUCUUAACGGGAUGUGCAGACCAAGUUGCAAGAUUGUUCGAUUGUAAAUUAGAAAGCAAUGUUAAAGAAUGGCAGACACCUGGAGAAAUAGAAAGAGUCUUAUGGAAUCACUUUGAUGCUAAUCAUUUUCUUAUUAGCACAAAUAAUGGUUACCUUGAAUAUUAUGACAUAAGAGAAGAUUCACCAAUUUGGCAAGUCAAGGCUCAUGAAGCAGAAAUUACAGGAUUAUCUUUUAGCUCAUCAUAUCCAGGAUUAUUAGUUACUUCAUCGAAUGAUAGCAUAAUCAAAGUAUGGGAUAUUCUUGAUAGUAAAGAUCCAUGCGUUAUAUGGGAAAAGAAGACUAAUUUAGGUGCAUUGCAAUGUCUUGCAGCAAAUCCAGAUAUUCCACUUGUAUUUGCUGUAGGUGGUGACAACAAAGCUCAUAAUUUUAAAGUUAUAGAUUUGUCUGAAAUAUCAACAGUUAAUGACAGAUUUAAAAAAAGAGAAACUGUACAUUUGGAAAUGAAAGAAAACUCUAAAAAGGGUGAAGACUAUGGCAUAAAAGGAGAAAUGAUGGAAGUGGCUGAGGGUAUGGAAUCCAUGGCAUUAAACAUUGUUAAUUCUUCUGGAGUUAAUAAAAAAAAAAAAAAGAAAUAAGAAAUAAUAAAUGUUAUCUAAAUUUUGUGUA